CUUUUUUUUCAUUUACGUGAAAUUUGGAUGUCGGUGUCGGCUUAGUGUUCUGUUUCACAGCUCUGUGUCCAUCGUAACUAUGUUUAAUAUUUUAGUUUAUUCUCCUCCAGUGAUUAGUGAAUAAUGUUGAAUACGAGUUUACUUUCUGAAGUAGUGUGGAUUAAUAAAUAAUAAUUCUGGUUUAUGAUUGUGCACAAGUUACAAAAUGCAAGAAUCAAUUGCCAAAGAGGAAGAUACUAUUUUGGAUAUAACUGGAGAUUGUGAUGAAGAAUGCCAGGUGAUAGAAGUUGUUCAAAAGGAUCUGGGUCCAGUCUUUGAUCUAACUGCAGAUGAAGAUGAAGAAAUUGAGUAUAAGCAGGUGUUAGCAAAUUGUAAAGAAGAACCAACAUCUUCUCCAUUCAAGAAUUUUAGUCCAAAAGAAGAAAAUACUGUAAAAAUUGAACAGGAAUCUAUUAGUGUCAGUCCAGAUAAAGGAGAGUCAAGUGGAACUGUACCAUCAAAAAAUUUUAGAAAUUUUUGA